AUGCGAAACAUUAUCUAUUACCUCAUCAGUGCAUCCGUGAGUCUCCUCUGCUACACCUACAUCUCUUCGUAUCUGCAAUUUGAAAGACGGAUUUCAUCCUUGACUAAAACUCUCGAGUAUAUAACGACGGAAAUCCAAUAUGACGUUCAACAGAGACAGGCUAGGUUUGAGAAUGAUAGGAAAGAACUUGAAGAUUUGAGGUACCAGGUAGCCCAAUUUGGGAGUAUCGUCCAGAGGAGUCAGUCAGUCAAUUUAGCUCAAGAUACACUGGGAGGGAGAGUUAUUGAGGUUUCUGGACUCUUUCUGAAUUUGCCUAAAUGUCCCUUUGCACCUCUCAGGGAAAUGUUUGGUCUCCCCUGUUGUCCAGCUUGUAAAAUUCUUAAAUCUGGAUCUGUGCCCAGUGGUGAUUGUAUCGCUUUUCAGGGAACAAAAGCUUCCUUUGUUAUCAAGUUGAUGGAAUUCGCUCACAUUGAAUCUCUUUCUCUGGAGCAUAUUCCUGUUGCUCAGUCUCCAACGGGAGAGAUCUCAUCAGCUCCCAAAGAAUUUUCUGUAUCAGCUAUUGCGGAAAAUGGUAAAGAAAUCUAUCUGGCUGGAUUUAUUUAUGCCCUCCCAGGGGAUCAUGUGCAAGAAUUCAGGCUAGCUCAGCCCACUAGGAAAACAUUCAAUACUGUCAGGAUUAAUUUCAAAACUAACCAUGGUCAUCCGGAAUAUACCUGCGUCUACCGCAUAAGGAUCCAUGGAAUCCUUAGUCCCAAGAAUUAA